UCCCAUCAUGCAGUGCAGUUUGAGCGGCACGACUCUUCAACGUGUUCUCAGUAAAGACGUGCAGCAUUGCGAUUUAACCGAGAGUCAAUACUUAAUACUUCAGCGCAUUGGUUUAGUGUAUUCUUGAUUUUAUUUUUAAACGGAAGCGCGUAGCUUUGAGCAAAAUGUCUCUUGUUUGUGCGAUCUCAAAUGAGGUACCGGAGCACCCCUGCGUCUCUCCUGUGUCCAACCAAGUGUUCGAGAGACGUCUGAUUGAAAAGUACAUCGCAGAGAAUGGAGCCGAUCCCAUCAAUGGACAACCGUUGUCUGAAGAACAACUCGUAGAUAUAAAGGUCUAUCACCCCAUUCGACCAAAGGCUCCAUCUGCCACAAGUAUUCCUGCUAUCCUUAAAUCUCUGCAGGAUGAAUGGGAUGCUGUAAUGCUGCACAGUUUCACUCUGAGGCAGCAGUUGCAGACCACACGUCAGGAGCUGUCUCAUGCUCUCUACCAGCACGAUGCGGCCUGCAGAGUCAUCGCGCGCCUAACAAAAGAGGUCACUGCAGCCAGAGAGGCCUUGGCUACACUCAAACCUCAGGCUGGACUUAUUGCUCCGCAGGCUGCUCCUGCUUCGCAGCCUGCUGCUGUGGGUGCUGGUAGUGAGCCCAUGGAGAUCAGUGAGCUAGUUGGAAUGACUCCGGAGAUUAUACAGAAGCUCCAAGACAAGGCCACUGUCCUGACCACGGAAAGAAAGAAGAGAGGAAAGACUGUACCAGAGGAGCUGGUCAGAGCAGAAGAUCUCAGCAAGUAUCGGCAAGUGGCGAGUCAUGCUGGUCUUCACAGUGCCAGUAUCCCAGGAAUCCUCUGUCUGGAUCUUUGCCCAACAGACACCAACAAAGUCCUCACUGGUGGAGCAGAUAAGAACGUUGUGGUCUUUGACCGUAGAGAGGAGCAGAUUGUUGCCACCCUCAAAGGACACACAAAGAAGGUGUCAUCUGUCAUCUGCCACCCCACUCAGUCGGUGGUGUUUUCAGCAUCUCCAGACAGUACCAUCCGUGUGUGGUCUGUUACUGGGGCCAACUGUGUGCAGGUGAUCCGGGCUCACGAAGCAGGUGUUACCGGUCUCUCUCUGCAUGCUACCGGAGACUAUCUACUGAGCUCAUCUGAGGACCAGUACUGGGCCUUCUCUGAUAUUCAUACUGGCCGUGUUCUGACCAAAGUCACUGAUGAGACUGCUGCAUGUGCACUGACCUGUGCUCAGUUCCACCCUGAUGGUCUGAUUUUUGGUACUGGCACAGCUGAUUCUCAGAUUAAAAUCUGGGAUCUGAAGGAACGGACUAAUGUAGCCAAUUUCCCUGGCCAUUCUGGUCCUGUGACAGCCAUUGCUUUUUCAGAGAAUGGAUACUAUUUGGCCACUGGUGCUCAGGACAGUUCACUGAAACUAUGGGAUUUGAGGAAGCUCAAGAAUUUUAAGACAAUUACCCUGGAUAACAAUUAUGAGGUGAAAUCUCUGGUCUUUGAUCAGAGUGGGACGUAUCUUGCUGUUGGUGGGUCAGACAUUAGAGUUUAUAUCUGUAAACAGUGGUCUGAGGUCCUCAACUUUUCUGAUCAUUCUGGUGUGGUCACUGGUGUGGCUUUUGGUGAACAUGCCCAGUUCCUGGCUUCCACUGGCAUGGACAGAAGUCUAAAAUUCUACAGCCUAUAGUAUUGAACUUCCAUUAGUAGAACAGUAGAGACAUGACAAGGAUAUUAAUAAAUUGCUGCCGUUUUAAUGAAAAUUCAUCCCCUAAAAUAACAUGUCAGUAAAACAAUUAUGCAUGUGUAUAAAUAGAUAUGCAUAUACUUCUUAAGUUUUUUUUUUUCUUUGCUUUUCUCUUAGUCUGGUAAACUUUAUUAUUGUUCCAUGACAUGCUUUUUGUAUACUUUUGUGGAGAGUGAAAUGGUCUUCAAUAAAGUUGAAUCUUUUCUUUUUA